UCUAUCUGACCAAAGAAAAAACAAAAAAACUAGAACAGAAGCCGAAACAAACCUUCGCUGCCUUUGCCACGGCCCUGUUCAGCUUCAGCCUGCUGUGUUCUUAGAACUCGGCUGGGAAUUUGAGGAGACACCUUUACCUCUAUCUACACCCGCCAUGGACGAUGACGUGUCCGCCCCCUUCCGCCGAUCCUCGAGUCGGAAUCGUAAGGUCGCGUCGAAAAUGGCUGCUGCCCUUAUGAGCACUGAUAACCGCACCCAGGCUGCCCUUGCUAGGCUUGAAGCUUUGGAAAACGACAAUGCUGGGUUGGAAACUGUGGAGGUUAAUGACGACGAUGAAGCUUCUCUUGAUGAUGAGGAUCAAGGAUAUAUACAAAAGAAGCAGCCUAAGGGCACCAAGCGUAAAACCCGGCAGGCUAAAGCUCUUGAGGCCAGGAAGGCACCCAGAACAUUCCUUGAGCUUUUACAUGAGGCAAAUCUUGAAUCUUUGCCACCUCAUGUCCCCUCCUAUCUGAAAGCAGCAGUGGGACCUCCAAGCUCUACCUCCCGCCGCCAUUUCUGCACUGUUUGUGGUUCGGCUGCCAACUAUACAUGUGUGAGGUGUGGUAUGCGCUUCUGUUCGUGUCGUUGCCAGAAUAUACACAAUGAUACUCGUUGUCAGAAAUUUGUUGCCUGAUCGGUUAGUGUCUUGAACCAUCAAAUUUUUCUAAUUUUAGUGAAACUGGAUGCUGGCUGGCUAGAUAAAUCUUGUUUCUGUAAAUUUUCUUAACUUUUGUAUUUAGUUUGCCCAAGAAGUAGGUGUAUCCAUCAUUUAUCCAAAUUAUAUUUUAAUG